AUGUCGAUCCGUGCAAGAAAGAAUAUCCUUCAACCUACAGGAUUUAGAGCUGCUCCUUUAAUCAUAGAUGGCCGUGGUCAUUUAAUCGGUCGUUUGGCUAGCAUUGUAGCUAAAUCAACUCUACAAGGCCAUAGUAUUGUUGUUGUUCGCUGUGAAGGUAUGAAUAUUUCUGGCAGUUUUUAUCGUAACAAAUUGAAAUAUCUUCGAUUCUUACGUAAACGUUGUAAUAUAAAUCCAGCACGCGGUCCAUUUCAUUUUCGUGCACCAUCAAAAAUCUUUUCACGUAUUGUCCGUGGUAUGGUACCGCAUAAAACAGAACGUGGUAAACAAGCAUUACUACGAUUAAAAACAUUUGAAGGUAUCCCAGCACCAUAUGAUAAGAAGAAACGUAUGAUUGUUCCAUCAGCCUUACGUACAUUACGAUUGAAACCACGACGACGAUUUUGUGAAUUAGGACGUUUAUCAAAUGAAGUCGGAUGGAAAUAUAAUGAUGUUGUAGAAACAUUAGAAAAAAAACGUAAAAUAAAAGCAAAACAUUAUUAUGUAAGACAACGUAGCUUAAAGAAAAUAAAAACAACUGCCAAACAAGCUAUAACAAAAAAAGCAGAAAAACAUAUUGAAGUAUUAAAACAAUAUGGAUGUUUCAAUGUUUAA